AAGAAAUUAGGCAAAUGGACUACCUGUCAAAGGUUAUACUAUCCCCAGAGGAUGGAAAGUUUUGGUGGUUUAGGUCUGUUCACUUGGAUCCUGAAAUCUGCAAUGACCCCAAGGAGUUUAAUCCUUCCAGAUGGGAUGAUAUUACACCAAAAGCAGGAACAUCCUUCCUUUCGGAGGGGGAACAGAUUGUGCCCAGGAAAUGAUCUUUCCAAGCUAGAAAUAUCUAUUUUUCUUCAUUAUUUUCUUCUAGAUUAUGAGCCAAAAGAUAACUGCUUGGGCAGAGUAACAAGUCUCAUCAACUACAAGUGCAAGGGCAACAACAACAUCAGUGUAAUUCCACAAGUGGGGUUUGGGGAUACAAGUGCAUGGGCAAAUAGCAAAAAGAAUGAGAGAACUAAUCUCUGUUCUAAUUAUGGAAAUUACAACGGGAAAGCAAUGGCCGACUAUCUUAGUUGA